GCGGGCUCCUCAGUGUGCUGUUUCGGCCUGUUUCGGCACUGGCCGGACAUUUUCGCCUCUUUGUUUUACUGAUAGUGGAUUUAACUCGGAUUCAACCCAAUAUCCAGCGGACCGCGCUGGCCAUAAACAGCUGUGUGAAGUGGAGCACAGGAUGCAUAGUUAACACCACCCUGUGUCUCGCAGAAGAAGCCGGGCUGCCAGACCCUCAGUAGUAGACACAUGGCGGCAUUGGGGAACCCCGAGAUGUUAACCAGGAAGAUUCAACUGUGGGACAUCAAUGCCCACAUCACCUGUCGUCUGUGUGAGGGGUACCUGAUCGACGCCACCACGGUCACUGAGUGCUUACACACCUUCUGCAGGAGCUGUUUGGUGAAGUAUCUAGAAGAGAACAACACGUGUCCCACAUGUCGGAUUGUCAUUCACCAGAGCCAUCCACUGCAGUACAUCGGCCAUGACCGAACAAUGCAAGAUAUUGUCUAUAAGUUGGUGCCAGGAUUGCAAGAAGCGGAGAUGAAGAAACAGAGAGAAUUCUAUCAGAAGUUAGGCAUGGAGGUGCCUGGAGACAUCAAAGGAGAGCUGUGCAACAUGAAAACCCACCUGGACGCUCAACGCAAUGGUGACCUGAAAUCAGAAGAUCCAGCCAAUAAGGAAGCAGGAGACGAGAAAGCAGAGGAGGAAAAUGACUACCAUCGCAGUGAUGAGCAGGUGAGUAUCUGUCUGGAGUGUAACAGCAGUAAGCUCAGAGGCCUCAAGCGGAAGUGGAUUCGUUGUUCGGCUCAGGCGACUGUUCUCCACCUCAAGAAGUUCAUCGCAAAAAAGCUAAACCUGACAUCUUUCAAUGAGCUGGACAUCUUAUGCAAUGAAGAAAUCUUGGGCAAGGACCAUACUUUGAAAUUUGUUGUGGUAACAAGAUGGAGAUUUAAGAAAUCCCCCCUCCUCCUUCAUUACAGACCCAAAAUGGAUCUGCUGUAGUUGGACAAAAAGGCUUGGUUGUUUUGGCCCAGUGGCUGAGGACUGUGCUACGUGCUUUAUAUGCAUAGACCAUCAACGCCCACAACAAACAAACACCCGUCAACACGGAUAUGAGCCAGCAAACAACAAAACCAGCACAGCCACUGCGACGCUGGCGACUUACGGGAACAACCGCUUUUCUCUGUCUGUUCGUCCGCUUUUAUGUCCUAGAUAUGUGAAAAAUUGAGAGAAAGCAUAUAUUUAUACUUUUGUAUGGUUGAGAAAAGUGGAACCAAGACCCAAUUGGUGCACUGUUUACACUAUUAAAACAAAAAAAGACAAAAAGAAAAGUUCAUGAGAAAGGUUUAACUUUUUUUUUUUUUUGUACUAUUGGACAUCGUUUCCACUUCAAUGAUGGGCAAGUUGGUGCUCGUUUUCUGCCGUUCUCCGUGGAAGUGUCCACUUUUACACUGCUAACCAGAAGAGAGGAGGUGUUUCAAACUGACCGCUCUCUCUCAGGUCUAACCUAACACUUCUCGGGAGAGCAGAGCCUUUCUAAACUUAUAUAAAGCAGUUUAUAUGAGUGGUUUCUUUACUUUCCGACGUUGCUACGAGUGGAAUUGUGAAUAGGCAAAUUUAUGUGUAGUAUUUAUGUUCUAUUUACCAAUAUUGUAUAUAAAAGUUGUUGAUGGAGAGAAAGGAUGAAAGAGUGUGUGAAAGACUAAAAGACUAGAAAAAUAGAGACGGUUUAGAGUGGUUUUCCAAAAGUGCUAUAAUUUGGCCUUCGUUUAUGUGGGUACAUGGAAAAGACAUAAAUAUUCAGCUAAAUUCGAGGAAGAUAGCAAUUUGGGUGAAAUUCAUAAAAUAUUUUCCCCCCAAAAUCGAAAGGAAAAAAAAAAGAAGAAGAAAAAGAAAUUGUAUUUUGCUUAAAGAAAAUUAAGUUUGGUUUUGGGACCAUUAAGAUUUGUUUUGCCAUUAUUUUCAUAAUUGCGCAAAUCCCCCGCCCAAAUUCAGUCAUUGUCAUAAAACAUACAGAUGCAUUAUAAAUACUGUUUUUCUGAUUUUCAUUUUUCUCAAUGAAGAUUCUCAUCACUGUAAUACAGUAAAAAAAAAAGUAUUACAGUAAAAACAAAAAUGAAAUUCAGCUUAUUAUUUACAGCACAUCUUAAUAGCAAUACAGUCUAUACAUCUGUGAUGUAUAAAUGAAUUUUAAAAAUCAGAUUUUAUUUAUUGUUUAUGCAUUGCGGUAAUAAGAAGUUUUGGAGAAUGUUUAAUAAUUAAGAAAAUAUCGUCACAAUGCAAAAAAAAUCUUAAUGGUUAUAAAAACAAACUACUUUUUCUUUGAUAUAAUUUAAUAAAUAAACUAUAAUAAUAUUCAUAAUUAAUAAUAUUUUACAAAACAUAUAUAAAUAUGUAGUUUUUCCCUCUUUUUUUUCCAUUACAUUUUUGGGUAAAGUAUGAGCUUAUUUAUGAAGUUAUGAAAUUCACCCUUUCAGUACAUCUGUUUUCAGUGUGCAGCCUUUUAUGAUGCAAAAAGCUUAUGUUUUUGGUCCUCUUUAAUUUAGGAGGAUUUUUAAGUGUCUAAUUAAAU